AUGCCGAAAGCGUCGGCCCCUCCACCGGCAUCCUCGUCAUCCGCCACCGCCUCCACGCCUCCGCCGACCAACACCACCGCGGGAGAAACCGGCCGCAUCCGAUCCAGCAGGGCAUGCCUUCACUGCUCUCGACGCAAGGUCAAGUGCGACGGCCUCCAACCAUGCAACAACUGCUCCAAGGACAAUACCCUCUGCGAAUACGGUGCUCAGAAGAAGCGCGGCCCUCCCAAAGGCUGCGAACCCAAGGGCGGUCGCAAGAAGAAGCUUUCGGACGUUCCUCCUGAUGUCAAGCCAUCCACCUCGUCCACUCCUUCGGUCGGCCCCCCAGCCAAGCGCAAGGCGCAACCGUCCACACACACCGAGGCUCCAGCACCACCACUGCCACCUUCAAAGCUCGCUCGCACAUCGCCAAUACACGCUCGAUCUCCUCUCAGCAGAUCACCCAGUAGACUGCCCAGCUUCAACAGCUCGCUGCCCCCUCCCAAUACCCACGCAUACUUCAAUGGCUCAACCGACGCAGCCGCUGCUUCGCCUUCGCACUCAUCUUCUUCUUCUUCAAAGUGGGACCCACUUUCGCAUUCCAGAUCCCUGGCCGAGCCAGUAGCAUCCCGCUCGCAGUCCUACGUCCGCUCCCCGCUACCCACCCACGAGCGCUCAGCCACGCACUCACAGCCGCCACCGUCGUCAUCCUACAACCCCUCUUCCUCCACCGCCGACCAUCUGCCGUGGCCAAGAGGCGCCUACUCUCAUCCCAGCACCUCCUCCAGCCCGUCCCUCUCAAGGCGCAACACCUAUCUCAACGGCACCAACGCAGUCGAUACCGCCUAUCCCGCUUCCUCGUAUCCGUCGACCACGCAUCCAUCCCGCACCACUACCUCCGCUCCCACGAGCCAGCAUUACUCCCAAGCUUAUUCGAGCCAGCAUGCGCAUUCGCAUCACCAGGCAGACUGCCAUCACUCGGACGCUUGGCCCGCCUCCUCCUCAUCACCUGCGGAUGCACGCUUCUCCCACGACCAGCCCGCCACCUCGACAUACCAGUACGACUCGUAUCCUCUCCAAGCCCCGCUUCGCGACUACCACCGGCCAUCACCCCUCAGCUCGCAUCGCUCCAUGCCGCCACCGCCGCCCCACACGAUGACCUCGCAGCCUCACUCAUCCUACGACACCGCAUCGCAUCAAGACAGAUCCGCCAACUCACCCUUCCCAGCACGAUCCAACCCCACACCCUCCGCAUCCACCUUUGCCUCGCCGCGCGCUCAGUCAACACGCACCUUGUACGAGAGCCCAAACCCUCACUACACCUCCUCGGGCCCAUCACCGCUCGAUCGCACGUCCGCCAUGCCACCAUCCACGACCGCCCUCGCCAGUCGCCAUCCUGUCUCGGCCAGCAGAUCCACCGAGCCAGCCAGCAGCGUCUCUCAGCACAUCGCCUCCUUCGCCUCGACCUCGUCGCACGUCAGCGUCCCUACCACCUCGCCCGCCUUCACUGGCCCCUCUCAUGGCUACAGCCCCUCCUCCACCGCCAUGCCUCACCGUCCUUGGUAUAACGGAUCCCAGCCCUCCUCUCCGCGAGGCGCAGCGUCCAUCCCGCGCUCACAGAUCUCUUCGCCAGGCGCUCAUUGGCUUGACUACCACAUCCGCCCCGGCUCGGCUGCCGCGAAUCAUCCGCCGUCGACUUCACGCACGCAUCUCGAGGAUCGUCUGCCCCCUCACAUCCUCCAGCGUCUCUUGGACAUCUACCAGGUCUUUGUCCAUCCGCACUGGCCGAUCAUCUAUCUUCCUUCCUUCACAUCGCUCCACUCGCUCAAGCGCUCCAGACCCAUCGUCUUCGAAGCCAUUCUCGCCGUCGCCUCCAACACGUUCGAUCCGUUCCUCGACACCGCCGCCGGAGACGAGCAGCAGAGCGUCAAUCCUCUCUUCGAUGGCCUCUACGCCGAAUCUCCGCUCGGCCUAGACCUCGCGUGGAAGUCGAACGAGCUGCGAGACCACUUCGUCAAUCGCGUCAAGGCGCGCAUCUUUGAAGGCAAGUUCGUGCAGGAUAUCGGGACCAUCCAGGCCGCCAUCCUCAUCAGCGUCAUCGAGCUCGGCUGCGGCAAUACGUCGAGCGCUUUCCAGUUCGGCGGCAUUGCUUGCCGCAUGGCGCUCGACAUGAACCUGCAUCGCUAUUCAUCCCAAGCCUCGGCCUCCGCUGCUCCCUCUAUCCAUGGCGAUGGCGGCGCCACCGACAAUGCAGAUGGCGAAAGGAGCGAGGCGCGCAGAUCGGGCUCGCAGCUUCAGGAGCGUCUGCGUGUCUUUUGGGCGUGCUUCAUCCUCGACAAGAUCCUCUCCACGGCGCUCGACAAGCCUGCGCAGCUGCGCACCGCCGAGAUCGAGUGCGACUGGCCGUCGGUGCAAGAGGCGGACGAGUACGAUCUUUGGAUCAACGAGACUACGCGCAAGUUCGUCGACAAGGGUCAGCUGACCCGGCUCGAGGGCGUAAAGGUCCAUGCACUCAGCAGCUUCAAAGCCUGGGCCGAGGUCAUGGCCAUCCUCGAGCGCAUCCUCGAGGAGGUGUACAGCCCGCAAGCCAAGCGCGAUCGUCGCCGCACCAAGGGUGCUUCGGACUACGAGGCGCUGCUGAGGCUCAACGACCGCCUGUCAAAGUGGCGUGCCGACCUGCCUUCUCACCUCAAGUGGUCCGGCACCUGGACUUCGCCCGACGUGCUCUUCUCGGCACAGUCGCAGUCCGCCUAUGCCGACCGCAAGGAAUCGGAUCCACACCGCGGGCUGCCGCCCCAGAUCCUCACCAUGCGCGCGUGGUACUGCACCUGCCUCAUCCUGCUCCACCGACCGCGUGUGCCCAAACUGGUUGAGGGCCCCAAGGAGCAUGCCACCGGCACGUCGGAAGAUGCUGAUGCCGCAGCACAAACCGAUGCAAAAUCCCCGGCAGCCAAGAAGGGCAAGAAAGGCAGUCAAACGUCUGCCAAAGACAAGCGAAGUCCCGCCGGCCUGGACAUCUGCAAUGCCGCAGCAAAGGAGGUGUGCGACAUCCUGCAUGUCUACGGCUCGUCCUUCCGCAUCCGCAAGAUCUCGAGCAGCUGGGUCUACCUCAUCUUCCAGAGCGCCACCAUCCACGCCGCCCUCGCUGCCAGCAAGAGCGUAGUGGCGUUCAAGGCACGCCAGUCGUCCAUCUGGAGCCGGCGCGGCUCCAAGGUCGCAUUCGGUGAGCUGGGUGCGCCUCUCGCGGACGACCACCACGAGCUCAGCGCGCGCGCGGACGAUGCAGAGGGUCAUGCCAACGGGGCAGAGGCCUUCUCGUCCGAGGCGCACCACGUGCCCGAGGCCGAACUCGAGGGCGCGUCCGAGCUGGUCAAGACCAGCGCACUGUACCUCGCCGAGUGCGUGCGAUAUCUCAAGAGGAUCGGGCCGACAUGGCAGAGCGCGUCGAAUCACGUGUCGGUUCUGCGCAACCUUUGCAUCGCGAGUGCGCAGGCAAGACCGUUGAGUCCCAGCCUCAAGCACGGACGCGGUGUGGCACAGCCUGACCCGCAGGCUUCUAACCAGCCGGCUGGCACGGUGAAGCAGGAACCAGCUGCGUUUGACUCGGACCAACGAGGCGCCCCGGCUAACGACGUCGGUGCAUCCAUGCACGGGCAUACGCAUCAGGUGGACGGCGCGCCUGCCGGAGACCACGGCGAGCAUGUUCCAAUCACAGGGCACGAGGCAGGGGUCAACUCGCAAGCGUCGUAUGCAGCGCCGAUUUCCCAGCACGUGUACCAUGAAGACCGCAAGGCCGAGACGAUGCACAUGCCCAGCGCCGCCACUGCAGCUGCCGGCACCACCAGCGAGCUGGCCAUGGCGAACACGGAUGGGAUGCAGCCGCACUUUCUUGCGUCGCAGGGAUAUGCACCGCCUGCACAUCCACCCGCGCAGCUGCUGCCGCCUGCUGCAGUUGGCGUGCACUCGCAUCUUCCUCCGCCACACCACGCGCACCACGCGCACCAGCAGGCCGGGUAUCCGAUCAACGCGAACGACGCCGCGUUCUGGGCGUCGAUGCCCGUCGCGUCCGAGGGGUACAACGAGUGGGACGAGUUCUUCCGCGCCUUCAACCCGGGCGGCGCCGCAGCCGAUGUGACGGCCAACCCGAACUACCACCCCACCGCCGCCGUCGAUCUGAUCACCGCGCUGCAGGAUCCGAAUCGCCUGCUCAAUGGGUUGCAGUAG